GAAGUUCGAUGUCGAAUUUCGAAAAAGGUGAUGGCGAUGUCAAAGUGAUACGGUUUGUGGUUUUUGUGAUUUUUCCUAAAAAUAAAAUGUUUUCACUUACAAAUUUGUGGCAAAUGUGAAGUAGAAUAACCAAGUGAAUGUUUUAACUAACAAGUAAAAGUUUUCGCACGGAAAAGUAGUGUUUUUCCAAGGGUGAAGGCGUCCGGAAGGAAUUUGACAUUUGCCAAUCGAUUUUUUGUGCUGGGAAAAGGCGUUUUGUUUUGAUCCGGGUGUAUUUGGGGCGCACACUUUGAGGAAUUGUAGACACAAUGGCUAGUCAUUCUGAACGGAGUAUCCAUGAGAUGCUAAAAGACACACCGUCCAUGAAUGAAAGUAAUAGUGCUAUUCACACGGGUACUGAACCAAGGGGCUUUCGUCCAAAUCAUCCCAACAGUCUGCCCCUCCGGAAUGCAUCGGCUCCCGCCACACCCUCUCCUGUGCUCAGCCCCAAUGGGGACAUCAUGAAGAAUGGUGCCUCAAAGAUCGACACUAUCCGCAAUUGGAGCAUAUCAACGUACAAGUGCACAAGGCAACUGAUGAUGGAGAAACUGGGCAAGAGCACGAGGACUGUGGACUCAGAGCUGGAGGCCCAGAUUGAGCAAUUGCGUGACACCCAACGAAAGUAUCUGUCCGUACUGAGGCUGACAAGGGCUAUGAGUUCGCACUUUCAUCACGUUGUGCAGACGCAACAUGCCUUGGCUGAGGCGUUUUCGGAUCUGGCCCAGAAGAGUCCAGAGCUCCAGGAGGAGUUCCUCUAUAACUCAGAAACACAGAGGAAUUUGACGAAGAACGGGGAGAUUCUACUAAGUGCUCUCAACUUUUUUAUAUCGUCUGUGAACACGCUGUGCAAUAAGACCAUUGAAGACACGCUAAUUACGAUAAAACAGUACGAAACGGCCAGAAUUGAAUACGAUGCCUAUCGAUCUGACUUGGAAAGUUCCAAGCCAGAAGCGACUAGUCCAGGAUCUGAAGACGCUCAGAAGAGCUUCAUGAAGCACAAGGAACAGUAUGAAAAGUUACGCUCGGAUGUAGCUGUUAAAAUGCAAUUUCUCGAUGAGAACAGAAUCAAGGUGAUGCAUAAGCAAUUAGUUUUGUUACACAACGCUAUUUCUGCUUACUUCUCCGGAAAUGCACAGGCUCUCGAAGGGACUCUCAGACAAUUUAAUAUAAAGAGUCCAAACUCGUCAAAGGGAUCGUGGCUGGAGCAGUAAAUGAAUCUCAAUUGGAUGUGUUUUGAUGAAUUCCCAGUCGACUUGUUUCUUCUUUAAAGAGAGCUCAUUUCAGUUCAACUGGUAGGCAAGAUAAAAAGUCUAAAGCAUUUUGCACAAGUCGACCUUUCCUUAUUAAAGAUAAAGAAGAAAAUAGUAAAGGAAACUUCUCGAAUAAUCUGAUCGUUCCUUGUAAAAUCAUCUCAUCAAUUGAUUUAUUAUAUUUCUUAAUUACCGAACUAGUCAAUUUUAUUUCUUCAUUCUCUCUAUCUUAUUUUAUUUUACCAAAAUUUUAGCUUACAUUUUUUGAGCGUAUUUUUUACCGCCUUUUUUAAUGCAUUGGAAAAGCACCGCGUUUACUUUUGAUUUUAUCUCAGAAAUAAGCGUUAAAUAUAGUCGAUGACACUAAAAACUCAUAAUAAUUGUGUUUACAUUUUACUGAUUAAUGUAAUAAAAAGAUAUAUACAAAUAAAUACCAGCUAGUGGCUGUAAAUUCAA